AUGGCUACCACAUUCGAUGAACAGCCUCUUCAGGCAGUCGAGGACGAAUACAUGAACGCCGCACCAGAAGAAGCAGCUCCACAGACCAAAGCCACUGUUCAUAAUGAUCCGAACUUUGUUGAACCAGCCGCGCGCUUCAGCAAGGGCGAAGUCGUUCGGAAACCCGUCAUCGCGAACGGUGAACGAACGACGGGCGUUUUUACCGUCUAUGACCGCAAGUACAACCGUCCCAGGGGAUACCAUGAGUAUCAGCUCCGGGACGUAUAUUCCCUGGAGAUGGCGAGUGGCUGGACGCGCGAGAAGGAUUUGAAGCCUCGCUAG